AUGACCAUGGACCUGCUGGAUCCAUCAGGCCCAACUACCAGAGCAUCAUAUGAGGCAAUUGUUCCAUCUUCCCCAUCUCCGGCUGAUGACCCCAGGCAAUAUCAAGAGCUCCUGCAGAGAGCAGCAAAUGAUCUCCAGAUUCCAUUUGAGGAGGUCCAAGAUACUCAGCAUCAAGGGUGUGAUGAAAGGGACUCUUGUUUCAGGUUCAUCUACCAGGAGAGAGAAGCCAUGACCUUGAAGGGAAUUGUUACUCUGGUGUUUAUGUGGUCUCCAUCUGGUAAUGAUGCAUUUACCAUUCGCCAUGAAAAAACCAGCAAGUGCCUACAAGUUAAAAACUCACAGAUCAUGGCAGCAGACUGCAAGGAGACAAAUGAAACUUUGUGGAAAUGGGUUUCCCAAAAUCGCCUUUUCCACUUGGGAUCCCGACAGUGCCUUGGAUUAAAUAUAGCCAAACCAGCAUCUCCGUUGAAAAUGGUUAAUUGUGAUUCACAACUUAUGCUAUGGUGGCGAUGUGUUGAUGCUUCCGUAUUUGGUGCAUCCCAGUACAAGCUGACUUUAAAAGACAAUGUUGUCACUGCAAGUAUAAAUUCAUCAGAUGCCUGGAGAAGAAGUAACUCUUCCGAUGAUAUCUGUGAAUACCCUUACCGUGAGAUCUAUACGAGGGAUGGUAAUUCCUAUGGAAGGCCCUGUGAGUUCCCCUUCCUAGUUAAUAAGACAUGGUAUCAUGACUGCAUUCGGGAUGAAACACACACAGAUGGUGACUGGUGUGCCACAACCUCCAGUUACAAUCAGGAUGCCAAAUGGGGAAUCUGCUUAAAACCAGAGGAUGGUUGUCGUGAUACCUGGGAACACGAUCCAGGAUCUGAAAGUUGCUACCAGUUAAACACACAGUCUGCUCUUUCUUGGAAAGAAGCCUAUAUUUCAUGUCAAACACAAGGGGGAGAUUUACUGAGCAUCACAAAUACAAGUGAAUUAAGUUAUAUACAAGCUAAAGAUGGCAUUGCAGAGGUGUUUUGGAUUGGCUUAAACCAACUGGACAUUUCUGGAGGCUGGCAGUGGUCAGACCACACACCCUUGAACUUUCUUAACUGGAAUCCAGACAUGCAAAAUGUGUCGCCUUUGGAUGGGUCAAGUUGUGUGGCGAUGAAUGCUGCCUCAGGUCAAUGGCAGAGUUACCACUGUGGGACUGCACUUCCAUAUGUCUGCAAGAAGCCACUUAACAAUACAAAAUCAGAAUUACCAGAUGUUUGGAGGUACUUGGAGACUCAAUGUGAUUCAGGCUGGCUUCCAUACAGUGGUUUUUGUUAUAUGCUAAUGAAUAACCAGGCUUCCUGGAAUAUGGCAAGUCAGUCAUGCAGAGAAAAUAAAAGUGACCUGAUCAGCAUACAUUCUUUAGCAGGUGUUGAGCUGGUUGUUACAAAGCUUCAUAAUGAAACUAAAGAGGAAAUAUGGAUGGGUUUCAUGAAUGAGAAUACUCCAGCUUUGUUUAAGUGGUCAGAUGGGUCCAAAGUGGUUUUCACUUACUGGGAUCAGAAUGAACCAAAAAUUCCUUUUAACAGCACUCCUAACUGUGUGUCCUAUUCAGGAAAGUUGGGUCGGUGGAGAGUCAAAUCUUGUGAAGAGAAACUGAAAUAUGUGUGCAUGAAAAAAGGAGAGGUUUUGAAUGAAACAUCUGAUAAACAUUGUUUCCCGAAAGAGGGAUGGAAGAGACAUGGAGACUUCUGUUACAAGAUUCAUAACAAUAAAGUAUCAUUUGGAGCUCAGUGCAAUCUUACAAUAAUGAACAGGUUUGAGCAAGAAUUUAUAAACAGUUUGAUUGGAAAAUACAGUAAAGGCAAAGAAAAAUAUUUCUGGAUAGGCUUGCAAGAUAUCAACUGGUCAGGAAAGUAUACUUGGGGUGAAUCAGAUGGGAGAAAAAAUGAAGCUGUGAUGUAUACAAACUGGAAUUCCUUACAGCCAGCAUUUCCUGGAGGAUGUGUAGCAAUGUCAAGCGGGAAAUCUCUUGGAAAAUGGGAGGCCAAGGACUGUAAAACCUUUACAGCCUUAUCUAUCUGCAAGAACUAUACUGGGCCUCCCAGGCAGCCAGAAGUACUUCCUAAGCCAACUGACCCAUGUCCUCCUGGAUGGCAAAAUGGAUCAGGCCUUGCCUGCUAUAAGUUCUUUCAUAGUGAAAGAUUGCUGAGAACCAGGACAUGGGAAGAGGCAGAACGAUUCUGUGAAGCACUAGGAGGUCAUCUUCCUAGUUUCAGUGAUGUUGCAGAAAUGAAGAAUCUCCAUUAUAUACUAAGAGACAUUAUCAGUAAUGACCGAUGGGUCUGGGUGGGACUCAAUAAGAGGAAUCCAGAUUCUCUAGGAACCUGGCAGUGGAGUGAUAACAAUCCGGAAACUACUGUUGUUAUGUCACACGAUUUCCAAAGAGAUGUCUAUGACAUUAGAGACUGUGCUGCUUUAAAGACCACUCGAAUAUCACGGAGGUAUUUUUGGAGACUUCAUUUCUAUGACGACAGACAAUUGGAUUUUUACUUAAAACCUUUCCUGUGUGAUGCUAGACUUGAAUGGGUUUGCCAGAUAACAAAAGGUAGUACCCCAAAGACACCAGAGUGGUAUACACCAGAUGUAGAUGGAAUUCAUGGACCGCCACUUGUUAUUGAUGGAGCUGAAUUUUGGUUUGUGCCAGAUAAAAACCUGACCUACCAAGAAGCUGCUCUCUACUGUGCAAACAAUGAUAGUGACUUAGCAUCAGUGGACUCUUAUACAAAACUAAGGGCACUCCUAACCAAAAUAGAAAAGUUGUCAGGUGCAGAGCAGAAGUGGUGGCUGAAAUACAUGGAUCAUGGAGCUAGCCAUCAUUCACCUUUACAGUUAUUUCCACGUUUCCAUGAUCGAUUCUGGAGGGAUUGUUGGUAUAUUUCUUCGAAGGGCUGGUAUAGAGACUAUCCAAUAAACUGCAAUCUGAAACUGCCCUUCAUAUGUGAAAAAUCUAAUGCAUCCUUACUGGAGAAACAUGAGCCAGAAUAUCACCCCCGUAAAGGAGGAUGCCCUAAAGAAUGGAUUCUGUUUCAGAACAAGUGUUUUCUAAAGAUAGAACACAGAUUUUUAACAUUUAAAGAAGCCAAUGAAGUAUGUGAAACUUUUGGAGGCACUCUUCCAUCAAUCUCAAGCCAAGCUGAACAAGAUUUUUUAACAUCCUUGCUUCCUGGUUUGGAAGAAAACAUUUGGAUUGGUUUGAAGUUUUUUUUCAACAUAAGGGAAAACAAAUGGGUAGAUGGCAGUAGACUGCUGUACAGUAACUUUCACCCAUUGCUGAGAGGAAGGCUAAGGAAGAUUCCGUUUGAUAUGUUUGAUGAGGAGAUAAACAAUCAGUGUGGUAUAAUGCUCAACAACCCCAAAUCUUUGUAUGUUGGAACGUGGAAUUUCUUGCCUUGUGCUGAGGAGCAUUUUUUGGGUAUCUGCCAGAAGCCAGCAGGGGCUGCUGACAACCAGACACAGCAAGUCCUUAGUGAAACACUGACCUAUCAAAAUGUCCAUUACACAGUAAUUCUGAAGAAUUUGUCCUGGUAUGAUGCACUGCGGGAGUGCAAACAGAAAAACAUGCAGCUCGUUAGCAUCACAGAUCAGUACCAACAGGCUUUUCUUACUGUGCAGGCUGCUGUUCGCAAUUACCCUCUGUGGAUUGGACUCUUCAGCAAAGAUGAUGGAAAACAUUAUGGCUGGGCAGAUGGAAAGCGCAUUGAUUUUAGUCGCUGGUCUGAAGAAGAUGAAGAAACAAGUGAAGAAUGUGUGUUUUUGGAUAUUGAUGGAUUCUGGAAAACUUCUGCAUGUUCCUCUGAAAAUCCAGGUGCUAUUUGCUACUUGCCAAGAAAUGAGACUGAAAAAGAACAAGUUGUUGAACAUAUUAAAUGUCCACAUAAGUUUAAAAAUACACCAUGGAUAUCAUUUCAAAAUAGUUGUUACACUUUCAUGAUAACAAAAGAUAGAUGGCAAGAAAUGAAAUCACAAGAAGCCCACCAUUUAUGCAAGAAAAUAAAUCCAGAUGCAUUUGUCUUGAAUAUUAGAGAUGAGGAAGAAAAUAACUUUGUUGUUGAGCAGCUACAUUCUUUCAGUGGCCUAGCUACAUGGGUAUGGUUGGGUGUAAUUUAUGAUGACAGCGAUAAUUCCCUAAAAUGGUAUGAUGAAACUUAUGUGUCUUACAAUAACUGGAAACAGGGAAGACCUAACGUAAAGAAGAAUCAGUUUUUUGCUGGAGUGAACCGUGAUGGGUUUUGGGAUAUUUACAACCUUACGCAAAAUUUGCAAGCUCUCCAAUUUAAUCAACACAGUAUUCUUGCCUGUAAAAUGGAAAUGGGGCCCAGAGAGAACAAGCCUCCUUUGCCUGAGUAUAUACUACAUGGAAAUAGCACAUACAAGGUCCUUCAGAAAAAAAUAACCUGGUAUGAAGCAUUAAGAGAAUGCAAACAGAAUGGAAGUGAUUUAGUCAGCAUACACAGUGAAUCCCAUCAGGUGUUUUUGGAAGAUAUUGUAAAGCGUGAUGGAUAUCCACUGUGGCUUGGGCUAUCAAGCCUUGAUGGAAGUGAAUCUAAUUUAGAAUGGUCGGAUGGAAGUGAAUUUGAUUACCGUCCCUGGGAACUAGAAAACUCUACAUCUAUUGGGAUCUGCGUUUUUCUGGAUACUAAAGGAUUUUGGAAACGUAAAAGGUGCACAGAUGUUGUUGAUGGUGCCAUUUGCUAUACUUCUUCAGACAAGAGACGACUACAGCCACAGCAAGCCAGAGGCUCCUCCAGGUGUCCACAGGGUACUAGAACAUCGCAGUGGUUGCAGUAUAAAGAUCAUUGCUAUGCAUUUGACAUGGCAUUAUACAAUUUUUCAGUAUAUACUGCAGAAGAGGCUAAAAGAGUCUGCCAGAAGCUCGAUCCUUCUGCAACACUAUUGACUAUAAAGGAUGCCGAAGAGAAUACAUUUGUUAGCAAGCACAUAAGGCAAAAUUACCUCAUCACCAGAAGAGUGUGGCUUGGAUUGUCUCAGAACUUCAAGGCUAAGUCCUUGAACUGGCUUGAUGGUUCAGCAGUUAAAUAUGCCAAUUGGGCAAAUGGAACUUCAAAAGUCAAUGGUAAAUGCAGUGUUAUCCUAUCCACAAAUGGAACAUGGUCUGAAGUUGACUGCAGUCAUAGUAAAGGCAGAGUUGUUUGUAAAGCUCCUCUAGAGUGCCCUUCCUCUGCUUGGAUUCCAUUUAGAAGUAGCUGCUAUAUUUUUCUUCAAGGCACAUUAGAGGAAUUGGACAAUAUUGAUGAAGCCAGAAAUCUCUGUAAAAACAAUGCUUCUGGAGCAGACAUUAUUAGUAUAAAAAAUAAAGAGGAGAAUACCUUUAUACAAGAAACAUUCAAAAAUCACUGGCAAGGCCCUGAUUAUAUUUCACUGGGCAUAUUCUUUGACACAGACGAUAAUGCUUUUAAAUGGUUUGACAAAUCGGAAAUGAAAUUUACCAAUUGGAUUGAAGAGGAGAGCAAUGAGGAUCUCCUGAACACAUGUGUUUCUAUGUACACUAAGUCUGGGGAAUGGAAAAAAAUCAGUUGUGAAGAUCUUCCUCUGACAGGGAUCCUUUGUAAAACAGCCUUUGCAUAUGAAAAGAAGUACUUACCAGCCACAGCUGUUGGAUCCCACCCAGCUAGGCCACAGCGCCCAUCCCUGGGGAGGGGGAGAGGCCCAAAGGCAGCUGACUCUAUCCUGGGCCUGCAUCAGCAUGCUGAGAGGGAGCGACGCUGCCCCCUACAUAAAACUGCUUUGACUACCACCUUGGUCAUAAUUUUUACCAUAGUUGUGACAGUUUCUGCAGCAUUAUUUUGGUUCCUGUACAAAAGAAAUAUGUCUUCUGGAGCUUUAUGUAUAACACACCAUUCAACAGCUGAAAUGCCAUACAGUGAUGAAACUGUUCUAAUAGAUGAAGAAAAUGAGUAUACUGCUUAAAAUGUAAAAUUAUACAAUUUUAUUUAUAUGCCAAAAGUGACAUCUUACCUAUAUUUAGGCUUCAGUCCUGUAAGCACAUGCAUAACUUUACUCACAUAAUAAUGUGCUAGUUGUUAGGACACAGAUAGAGAAGACAGACUAAAAAUAGUCAAAAGUAUUUCCCAUUGGGCUGUCAGAGCUCAUAUUCAAAAUUCUCUCCAAAUGUAUUUAGGGCACCUGGAAAUACCUGGAGUAUGAGUUGGUCUGUCUCAGUGAAGUGUCAUUCUGAAAAGAGCAAGCAUUUAAACAAACGUUAAGAUUUCAAAAAUUCUGCAGAUUUCCAUAACAGGUUUUAAAUUCAUUUGUGUUCAUGAUUGGUUUUCAUUCCUGUGAAUAUUUUAGCAAAUAAAAGUUUGAAAGACUAGCUCAUUUUAAAUGAAUAGUAUAGAAGGAAAAUUUGGAUGUAUUUGCACUGAAACCUUAAUUCAAAGAACUUCCAGUCAAUGCACAGAAAAUGAGCCACGUGAUCUGCAUCCAGUCAAAACAGUCUGAACUUCAAACCAUUCAGACUCAUGAAACUGGUUUAAAAAAAAACUAUUACCCAAAAUGAGUAAUUUGAGACAAAACUAAGCAAAUUAUCUGCAAACAAUUUAAAAGAGGGAGGUGAAAUUCCUCAAAUUAUUUGCCCAGUUCAAAUUAGGAUUAGAGUCCAAAUGUUCACAAACUCUAAUUUUGUAUUUGCAGCUCAUUGUAGCUGCACGAUUAAGACGUCAAGUCUUGAUCCUAGUUGUGCAGUCCCUUUAAGUUGCAUAGAAAUCAUUUGGCCUCUGCACAGGAACAGGGGUCUGCCUCCACUGAUCAGGGUUUAGCAGCUAUCAUUUAUAGCUAUGCUUAUUUGAUUGCAAAAUUAGCUUUCUAUACCCUGCAAUAUGUAGUCAUCCUAUUUUUUUAAGGGGGAAACUAGUGGGCAAACUGCCAAGAGUUCAUCUGGCUAACUUGCAACUGUUUUAAUAUAUAAAACAAAAUUGAAAGACUGCUGUGUGCAUGUGUACUCUGUUGCCACAAAUUUUAUUUUCUGCGCUUUAAAAUGUUGCAUUUUACCCAGUGAGACCGCAAAAAGACCAAAACCUUGAGUGAAGAUUCUCAAGGGAGGUCCACAUCUCUGUGAAGCAAAGGAAUUGGUAUUAGAGAAGGUAGAUUUGAUACACACCAAUAAAUAGUCAGUAAAUGAUGUUAAUAGCAUGAUAAGGAACAGAAUAUUUAUAUGUAUACAGUAUGCUUCUUUCAGAACUUAAUGAAAUUAAAUCUUAAUUUCUUGAGCAAGUAGCAGAGAGGUAGCUGUGUUAGCCUGUAUUCACAAAAACAACAAGGAGUCCAGUGGCACCUUAAAGACUAACAGAUUUAUUUGGGCACAAGCUUUCAUGGGUAAAGCUGUUAGUCUUUAAGGUGCCACCGGACUCCUUGUUGUAUUUCUUGAGCAGAAACUGGAUUGGAACUGCAAAGAAAUGGAGGCUGACCUUAUUCUCUAUAGAUAAUAGGAGCAGUAGGAAAUUUAGUAGUCUUCCUUUUUUGCAGUUCUCCUUCUUAGGUGAUAUGAGCUCAGGUUUUAUAGGCACUCAUCUCUUCCUCAUCAAAUCUUUCUACAAAAUCUAAAUGGUUCAAACAUGAGAAAGUUUCAUGCCUAUUGCUCUUUAUUCACCUGUUGGAGAUUUUCCCUGAAGGGACUUUUGCUGCUCUAAUCCUUUUGUCUGCUAAAAAGGUAAUUAAGAUAUAGGAAUGUUUAAAACAUUUCAUGUGAAUGGCACUAGGGUGUAUGUUGUCUAAGGGCUGAAUAGAAUGUUUGUUAAGGUAUUCAGCUGUAUUCAUUCCUGUAGAGGGACCAGGGAAAAUUCUCAAGGUGCCAUUCAAGUUUGCCUAAGCCUAGCCUUUAAAAGGACAGCACCUAUCCCUAGUGUUAAAGAUACUAAUCAUGAACAAAGUGCACUAAGUAAUUGAAUGGAAGCUCUUCUGAGUUUACAGCAGUAUAAGCUACUCCUGCAUGCUGGUGCAGAGUUGAGACACCUAGAUCUAAGUUUAUAGUUAUAGCCAAAAUGUUGUAGCAAAGCUAAGAGCUUUCAUGGUUUAUGUACAGAAGUUCUGGAUCAAGUGAUCCCCCUUAGCAGCAUUCUCAGCUAUACAAACUAGAGCAAGCAAGCACCCACUGAAGGCAGUACUCCAGUCUGUGGAUUGUCAAGUCACUGAACAAGAGAAACAUCAUUCUCAAACAGAGUAGGAGGAUUGUAUUAAGUGUUCAUAUUCCUGUGAAGUAUAGAUGGGUGUUUAUCCACUUUUGCAACAACAAAAAAAGACAACUCUGGUUCACCAACCCCUGUUAAAACAGUAAUGGAGAUAACUCUAUUAACUUGGGUUAGGAACUUGUUAAAGCCUAUAGGUGAGUGUGGGGUUGAAUUUGAGCUGCUAACUUGAAUUAAAAGCUCAGUGGGCAUGUCUACACUGCUAUCUAAACCCAAGUUGUUUUUUCUUUGUUUUAAGUGUAGACAUACAUACCCACAGACAUGACAGCAGUAAUCGUGCUCACGUAAGCAAACUUAAGAAGUAAACUUCACUAGAGGAAAACUAGUCUGUUCAGAGUGCACUACAAAAAUGUAUGUAUGUGUAAGCUUCAGUGGUAACAGAAGCUAGAUUUUUUUUAAUUCUGUUAAGCAGGCCCCAAGUAAAGUGAGGUAAAAUGGGUAUACAUUACAGGGGCCUGAUCCACCAAGGGGUCCACGUAGAGGGCCACAAGCUCAUCCAUCACCAUGAGAAAAAUUUUGGCUAAAAUUUAGAUGUUUGAGUUUGACUAAACAUUACCUCAGUAUGUUUGAUUGUACCUGUGGAUCUAUGUAGCAUCUAUAUCUUGCAAUCUACCUGAGCCAAUCAAAUAUGGUAUUUGAACAGAAGCAAUAUUCUGAACAGUGAGCUAGUCCUCUGGGGUGCCUAAAAGGGUUGAGACACAUAACAGUACCUUCAGGCUGCAUAGAGGGCAUUGGUCACUGGUGUAUCAUUAAUAUUGCCAUGUCUGGCUAUAAAUACAAAUCAGACAGUCAGAAACUCCAAGAGUUUAAGGAAAAGAAGCUGAAGUAUGUCAGUGGUCUAAUUUUUCUAGUCAGAUAAGGCCUCAGCCUGAUUCACGCAAUGCACAAACUGGGAAACCGGAUGAAGAAAAACAGAAAUAUUGUGGUGAUUUCAAUAUAGAGACUGUGGAAAUUGGAAUCACUAUUCAUCUGGCUGCUGUCCUUCAAUCUAAUGACUGCCAAAGGUAAUCAUGGUAACAGUACCAUCAGACUCAAGUUUUCAACAAACAAGAGAAUGUAGUACUGCAUUCCUUACUGAUGCAUGUUGGGGUUUUUUUUCCAUCUUUUAAGAUUCAGGAUUGUGGUUAAACACAUUAGAUUGUUAAUCAAAUUUUUUUUUAUUUGGUGUACUGCAUUUCUUCAAAAUUCAUAAGCUCCAGAAAUCAAGACCAAAAGAUGUGGAUGGCCCUAGUUUUCCUGAAUUUUUUCCUCAAAUGCAAGACUUCGUACAAGAAAAAAAAAAAAAGAUUCUGCAAGACUAGCGCAAAAAAAAAAAAAAAAAAUCUACUUUUGGGAAGGAAGCCAUUACUUAUCUUACUUAAGGAGAUUUACAACAAAAAUACAAGUAAUUUUCAGUGAAGCAUACAUAGUCUUAAGAAUUUUUUGUACACUGCCGGUGAUAGGCAGAAGCUGAAAAAAGUUUCAGCAAGCUAGCACUCAAAAAACUGUAGAUUAUCUUCUGACACAGGUAACACUUACGUCAUGUUGUUUUGUCUGUGUGUGACCUCAAGAAAAAAAAAAUAAAUGUAGUAAGAUAGUUUGUGAUUUUGCUAUGAAAAAGGCCAAACUAAAGUUGUAAAGUGAUUAAGGCCUGUGUGUGCCCUUUCAAAAAUAAAAUAUAAUUUUUUCUUUCA